AUGGCAGAAAAAGUAACACCUGGCUUAAACAGGAAGGCUUCCCGGUCAACACUUUCUCUUCCACCAGAACCUGUGGACAUUAUUAGGAGCAAGUCGUGCUCAAGGAGAGUGAAAAUUAACGUGGGUGGCCUCAACCACGAAGUCCUGUGGAGAACACUGGACAGGCUUCCCAGGACGCGCUUGGGGAAGCUUCGAGACUGCAACACCCACGAGAGCCUCUUAGAAGUGUGCGAUGACUACAACCUCAAUGAGAACGAGUAUUUCUUUGACCGGCAUCCGGGAGCUUUCACUUCCAUUUUAAAUUUCUACCGGACAGGGAAACUCCACAUGAUGGAAGAAAUGUGUGCGCUCUCUUUUGGCCAAGAGCUUGAUUACUGGGGCAUUGAUGAGAUCUAUUUAGAGUCCUGCUGCCAAGCCAGAUACCAUCAAAAGAAAGAGCAGAUGAAUGAAGAACUGAGGCGAGAGGCCGAGACUAUGAGGGAACGAGAGGGAGAAGAGUUUGAUAAUACCUGUUGCCCUGAAAAAAGGAAGAAACUGUGGGACUUGCUGGAAAAACCAAACUCCUCAGUGGCUGCAAAGAUUCUGGCCAUCGUCUCUAUCCUGUUCAUCAUACUGUCCACCAUUGCGCUGUCUCUCAACACGCUGCCAGAGCUGCAGGGAGAGGAUAAAUUUGGACAGCCCAAUGACAACCCACAGCUGGCGCACGUGGAAGCCGUGUGCAUCGCCUGGUUCACCAUGGAGUACCUCCUGCGCUUCCUGUCCUCACCCAACAAGUGGAAGUUCUUUAAAGGCCCGUUGAACGUCAUCGACUUGCUGGCCAUCCUGCCCUACUACGUCACCAUUUUCCUCACGGAGUCCAACAGGAACAUGCUGCAGUUCCAGAACGUCAGGCGUGUGGUUCAGAUCUUCCGAAUCAUGCGCAUCCUGCGAAUCCUCAAACUGGCCAGGCAUUCCACUGGCCUCCAAUCCCUGGGCUUCACCCUCAGGCGCAGUUACAACGAACUGGGCCUCCUGAUACUGUUUUUGGCCAUGGGGAUAAUGAUUUUCUCCAGCCUGGUAUUUUUUGCUGAAAAGGACGAAGACGCCACCAAAUUCACCAGUAUCCCUGCCUCCUUUUGGUGGGCCACCAUCACCAUGACGACCGUGGGCUACGGUGACAUUUACCCGAAAACAUUAUUAGGGAAAAUAGUGGGCGGCCUUUGCUGUAUUGCUGGGGUUCUGGUUAUUGCCCUCCCCAUCCCGAUCAUCGUGAACAACUUCUCUGAGUUUUACAAAGAGCAGAAACGCCAGGAGAAGGCAAUCAAGAGGCGAGAGGCUCUGGAGAGGGCAAAAAGGAACGGAAGCAUUGUGUCCAUGAACUUGAAGGAUGCCUUCGCUCGUAGUGUGGAGCUCAUCGAUGUCGCUGUGGAGAAGACGGGGGAUUCUGCCAACACCAAGGACUCCGCGGAUGAUAAUCACUUAUCCCCAAGCCGCUGGAAGUGGGCCAGGAAGGCGCUGUCCGAAACGAGCUCUAACAAGUCCUACGAGAAUAAUUACCAGGAGGUGAGCCAGAAGGACUCCCACGAGCAGCUCAACAACACGUCUUCAUCCAGCCCACAGCACCUGAGCGCGCAGAAGCUGGAGAUGCUGUACAAUGAAAUCACCAAGACGCAGCCUCACUCGCACCCGAACCCCGACUCCCAGGAGCAGUCCGAGAGGCCAUCCGCCUACGAAGAGGAGAUAGAAAUGGAGGAAGUGGUCUGCCCACAGGAGCAGCUGGCCGUGGCCCAGACGGAGGUCAUCAUGGACAUGAAGAGCACGUCCAGCAUCGACAGCUUCACCAGCUGCGCCACUGACUUCACAGAGACUGAGCGGUCACCCCUGCCGCCACCCUCUGCUUCGCACCUGCAGAUGAGGUUCCCAACCGACCUCCCAGGGACAGAAGAGCACCAAAGAGCCAGGGCCCCCCCAUUUCUGACACUAACCCGAGAGAAGGGGCCAGCGGCCAGAGACGCCACUCUGGAAUACGUUCCUAUUGACAUAACUGUGAACCUGGAGGCCAGCGGCUCCCAUUGCGGGCUGCACAGUCCUCUGCAGCCCGACAGUGCCAUGGACAGCCCUAAGAGCUCACUGAAAGGCAGAAACCCGCUGAAGUCCAGGUCCCUCAAAGUGAACUUUAAGGAAAACAGAGGCAGUGCGCCCCAGACCCCGCCCAGCACAGCCAGGCCACUGCCAGUAAGGAUGGCUGACUUUUCGCUCACCACCCCCCAGCACAUCAGCACCAUCCUCUUAGAAGAAAACUCCCCCCAGGGGGACAGGCCUCUGCUGGGUGCUGAGGUUUCAACACCUUGUCAAGGACCUAGCAAAGGGCUGUCCCCUCGGUUUCCCAAGCAAAAACUAUUUCCUUUCUCUUCGCGAGAGAGGAGGAGCUUUACGGAAAUAGACACGGGAGAAGACGAUGACUUCGUGGAGCUUCAAGGGCCAAAGCAGGAAAAGCAGGCAGACCCCAGCCCAAACUGCUUUGCAGAGAAGCCUAGUGGUGGGAGAGACCCUUUAAGAGAAGAAGCCUCUGUAGGCUCUUCCUCCCCCCAGAACACAGAUCACAACUGUAGGCCAGACAGUUUCCAUGCUGUGGGCGAAGUGAGUAAGGACGGUAACCAAGAAGGGGGCAAGAUGGAGAACCACUUGUUUGCCCCAGAAAUUCAUUCCAACCCGGGAGACACAGGUUACUGUUCCACGCGUGAAACCAGCAUGUGA